CUAUUGUUGGCCAAAUAUUCUAUUGGUAAAAGUCACUUGAUUCUUAUGGAUUACUGAAGUAAACCAGGACUUAUUUUGUUGGAUUUUGAUUAAAUGGAAUGAAUUUUCCUUGAACAAAAUCAAAUUCUUCUGAAAUAUGUAGUAUACUUUGUAAAUAAAAUUCCUAGUUUUCUGAUGAGUUGUGCUUAUUUAUUUCUACAAUGUCUUGACUGCAUAAUGAUGUUAUUAUCAGUUAUUUUUACAUUUAAGAUCCAUCUCCUAUGCCAGUUUGCUAGGCUUAAAUUAUUCAUCUUUACCUAUUAUAUAUAUUGUGGAGAGUUCUAUUGCAAUGGUAGAAUGCUUUACUUCAUUUAUUUGGUUGGUAGGAGCAGGUCAGGACUUUUCAGUGUAGUUGCACUCAUGCAGUGUUGUUUUUCUGGUUGUUUGUUUUUUGGAACCUCGGGUUCUUUAGUUGAUUUCCAUUGUAUGAACGAACUUGUCUUUUAUAUCAUAACAACUAGCUUCUGUGCCCCUGCCUUUGGACAUAUUUAUGUUAUGGCAAACAAUUUAGAUUUUGCAUCCUUAUCUUCAGUACGUGAAGUAACAUCCUUUCAGCUAUCACCUGUGCUACAGCGGUACACCGUGCACCCUUUUCGAGUGAUACAGGAAGUGAUGUUAAUCAUGCUAUCAUUAAUAGGAAAUUCUGUCUGCUGAGUGCUGAUAUGGUGACCAUCAAUGCCUAGUUUUUGUGAUUUUCCAAGUUCACUUCGUAUCUGUAAGAUCAAAGCAAUAAAGAAGAUAUGGUGACCAACAAGCAAAUCUAUCUUGCCCUUAACGCUUACUUUGAAAACUAGCCUCAAAGAUUUAUAAUUUCUAUUUUUCUCAUGGAUCAGUAUUUUUUAAGAGCAUUGAGAAACUGAACAUGUUUUCUCCUG